ACACACACACACACAGACAGGAGAGCGCCUCCUGCAGCAGCGCACAAUGAUCCACCUCCUCCGCUCUCCACCCGGCUCUCGGAAAAGCUGUCACGGAUUAAAUAAAGUCGUCAGUUCCUGAGAGAAGCGCCGAGAAGCCUCUUUUUUUUUGUUUGCAACAGCAGAGGAGUUCACCAGUUUAACUCCCAUCCCGGACUCUGAUCUGAAGGGGUUUUCCCUCCGUGUUCAACCAUCGCCUCACCUGCACAGGACAAACCAUGCGCUCCCAGGCUGCGCUCCCCCGGUUUACCUGCUUCCUAUUUCUCCUCUUCCUUCCCCCUGUUUUUUCCUCCUCCUCUUCCUCCCGUCCCCAGUGGGUUCUUCAGCGUGUCCCUGUGGUCCUCCCACAACAGACAGAGGCUCGAUCUCCCCCUCACUUUCUGUCUCCGGCUCGCUUGGACGUCAGCUCCCCCUGUGACCCAGAAUGCCACAAGAGGGCCCCUCGCCCGAGCUAUUGGGACCUGCGACGUCUUCUUGCCUAUGAGACACUGCACUCUGAUGGUCAUCUUACUGAGACUGCUGUUGGGAUCUAUGGCUACAAACCCGGUUCUAACACCAGCCCGGCCUACUCCUCGGGGUCGUCUGGAAAGUCUGAGCAGUCACAUGUCAGGAGGAAGCGACAAAUAUUCGGCCACGAUGGCCGUUUUAGCAUUGCUGGGCAGAACUUCCUCCUUAAAUAUCCAUUCUCAGUGGCUGUUAAACUGUCCACUGGGUGUUCUGGUACACUGGUGGGGGACCGUCACGUUCUCACAGCUGCUCAUUGUGUCCAUGAUGGUAAAAACUAUGUGAAAGGAGCCCAGAGGCUGCGGGUUGGGUUUCUGAAAACCAAGCAACGAGACACACAGGCUUCCUCCUUUAAUCUCCACUCUAACUUCACCAACCAUGUCGAAGGUGGUUCCGCUCCCUAUGCCCCACCAACUGACGACAAAAUGAAGUUCCAGUGGAUCAGAGCCAAACGCACCCAUGUACCCAAAGGAUGGAUUAAAGGGAAUGCCAAUGACAUUGGGAUGGACUAUGACUACGCUUUGCUUGAACUCAAGAAACCCCACAAACGCCGGCACAUGAAGCUAGGAGUCAGCCCCCCCGCUCAGAGGCUGCCCGGUCGUCGAGUUCACUUCUCAGGAUUCGAUAAUGACCGUGCAGGCAAGCUGGUGUACCGAUUCUGCCGAGCUGGCGAGGAGACGUCAGACCUGCUGUACCAGCACUGUGAUGCUCAGCCCGGUGCCAGCGGCUCAGGAGUCUACGCACGGAUGUGGGAUGGGCGGCGCCGGCGCUGGGAGCGGAAGGUGAUAGGUGUGUUUUCUGGGCAUCAGUGGGUGGAGCGACAAGGGACAUCUCAGGAAUUUAAUGUAGCGGUGAGAAUCACGCCUCUCAAAUACGCUCAGAUCUGCUACUGGAUAAAAGGAAACUUUGUGGACUGCCGAGAGGGGUGAGGGGUGUAGCUAAGAAACCACAGGCCCACUUCACCCUCAUACAUCAUACUGGAAUAUCUAGGGCCGCAAGAAUACACUCUUUCCCCCCACUACUUCUAGCACUACCGCAACAUCAAUAUAAACAUUAAAAUUUUGUUUGUUGACGACGCUCUAAUGCUGCGUUCACAUGGAUUCAGACAGACGAGAGGUGGCAAACACCUUAGAGCUGGCACGGGAAAAACAAACAGUCGGCAGGACGGUAAAAUUAAACAUCCAUGAUGGUAUGUUGCUAUGGUUAUGCUGUAUUGUUUACAACAAAUAGAACAAGACAUAUUAAAUAGAAUUAUUUUAUUAUUGUUAUUAUUUCAUGUAACUGUUGUAGUCAUGUCCAAUAAUUGUCGCCUGUUGUUUCGCCUUGUGUGCAUAAGCUACAUAACAUCCAGCUGCUGCACAGGACAGCAAGAAGUUACAAUGUUUUAACUUUCAAUGCCAUCUAACGUCAUUUUCUGUCACUAUUUCAUCAAAAUGUGUUCUCUCAGAAAAGCAUUUCCCUCUUCUUGAUGCGUAGCGCCUCCUGUCAGGGUUACAGUUAGGGCUGGGUGUUUGGGUCAAGGCCCUGACACACCAACUGAUGGUUGGCCGUCAGUCAAUGUUGGGCUCUCAGUAAGCAUUUGUGACCUUAGUCACUGUGGUGUGUCACAAACCAUUGGCUCUUCUUUUCUUUUCGCGAUUCAGCAUGUUGAAAUACUGACUUAUGGAGCCCGGCAGUAAAUAAAAUCACUCUGAUUGGCCGUUCAGCUCAGUGCACAAUGAGAGAAAUUAUAGGGAGGGAAUUAAACAAACUGUUUAAGUCAAGAGGGAGUGAGGUCGAAAGAAAGUUGUGAUAUAUAGGUAUGUUUGUUUUCUUUAGCCACUGAGCUCUAAGGCAGAAAUGUUUCCUGGUGGUUUGUGUUAUUGUUCAUUUGCAGACGGUAAAUAUGCUUUGUUCGGUCAACUUUAGAUUGAGUUAUUAAUGUGCUAAAUGGCUAACUAGUGUCAUGGCCGUCUUCCAUUUUCCCUUUCUGAAUGAUUAUUACAGACAUCUGUCUGCUGGAAUGGGGAGUUAUUUCCUCUCAAGCAGAUGCAAAACUUUCACGGUUCGGUCUGGUACAAAUUUUUUGCCAAGACACGGCAGCAUGAAGCGAUGUAGCAGGGGGCUUUCAUCACCUCUAGUGCUCUGAUGUCGGUUUGGUGUGUUUAAGCCUUAAGGUUUAGGUGAAGGGAGCCGCAUAUUAAAGAGGAAAAAGACUUUGAAACAACACCGGCCUCACCCAAUCAUACCGCCCUGCGCUCGACCACCAUGAUGAUAUCUGGUUUGCCGCCUACCAUCUCCCUGAUUCCAUAUGAACGAGCAAGACGCAAAUAUCAACAAUGUAAAUAUAGACCUGAUCCUGUAAUAACACUAAAUUAUGUAAACAGGGCUUAUUCAUGUCAGCUAUAUUUAGUAUCUUUGCUCACAUUUCUAAAACAUGAAAAAGUAACAUUCAUGCUAAAUGUUUAAGUCGUGGUUUUGCAGGACAGAGGCAAGUUUAUCUGCUUCUUGGAACAUUUAUCUGGAUAAAGACCCUCUGAUUUGAAACACGGACAGAUGUAUGACAACAACAGGCCUUCAGACGACAAGGAGGAGGACUGGGAAAACCGUCUCACCAUGCAUUGUAGCCUUUCUAUUGUGCUAAUACUAAAGAUUGCACUGUUAAAACUCUUGAAGUUUUUCUACUGAAAAUGAUUUUUGUGGAUGAAUGUACAAGUCAGCAACCAAAGGUGCCAACAGUUUGUCUCCAAACUAUCAUGUAUCUCCUCUCAAUGGACGCACCAGUUAUGUACAAGCAGCGCUCUCUGUCGGCUAAAAAAAACAGCGUUUUGGAAGAAUAUUCAACUCGUUACACACAAUGAUAUCAAAUGACAGCAGAUGACUCUUUCCAAGGCUGCACAUUACUUGUUAUAUGAAGCACAUUUUGAGUGUUGUACUUUGAUGCUUAGCUCCCUCUGGUGGCAGAUAUAAAACACUGCAGGUGUCCAACACUAUGCAGACUGGACAAAUUAAUGAAAUAUAUACUUUGAAAUAAG